AUGGAGGUUGUAGAACGAAUGAAAGGAAAACGAAUAAUUAAACCGAUUGUGUACGGCAAUACUGCAACACCGUUUGGUUACAAACGAGAGUCAGAUCAGCAUACUCACCAGUGGACGGUAUUUCUCAAGAUGUUCAACGAUGACGACCCAACAGAUUUUAUACGGAAAGUCCAGUUCAAACUUCAUGACAGCUACGCCGUCAACACCAGAGGUAUGGUUUUCGAG